AUGGCGACCAACAUGCAUGGCUUUUCGCUUUUUCCGAGCACUGUUCCCAAGAUUGCGAUGCCGAACCCCCACAAGAAAGCCCCGAGCAUGCAUCGGAUCAGCUUGAUUACAUCGCCGGAGAGCACUCUGACGGCAAAUGGGGAAUCGACCGUCAUAAAGAUGGAGGAUAAACAGUCGCCGGUUCCUUGCCUACCAAGCCAUCCGAAUGAGACCAAAGAUGGUACGCUUUCACCUGAAAAUAUCGGCCGAGCGGUGACCACGAUGUCUCCCAUUGAUGGCAGAACCCCUACGCAGCUGCCACACGGCCGAGCCCCCAGUCCAGCUGCAGGCACUCGGCCUCUCAUCCAUACCGCAAGAUAUUCUCCGUCGAUUUACCAGUCCCCAGUUCCCUCCCAUUCGUCUCCCGAAGCUUCAUUCUCGACGGGAUCUGCUUUUGCAGCCACUCUUGUCCCAACCGCCCCUUCAACAGCCGUCGGAAAACCGGUUAAUAACAAAACGCCCGUAGACCCUUCUCCGAUUGUGCCUAUUCGCUCCAUGUUUCCGACUUACGAUCCUUCACUACCUUUGCAGCAGCAGGCAUAUGUCCCUCAACCACCGCUCCCCGCAAGGCUUUCGGGACUGCCAGGUUUUCGGCCCAUCCCCAGAGACAACUAUCGCAGUAGCUUGUCGGUGCCAUUCGCAAUACCCACUCCAAGGACGGCGCCGGCAAGUGUUCUCAGUUUCCCAUCGGACGCUAUGAGCGUGAAUAUUGGACCGCGGAUAUCCACGCAACGGGAGCUGGAGAAGCUGUGGGAGGCGUCUCACGGGGCCGAACCGGGCUUCGCGAUUAGACCUUUUGAUCUUGAGAUGGCGCGCACUGAAGAAGCUACGUUCGUCUUUGGAUCUCAUCCCUCGCUUCCUUUCUAUACGCUGCAGACGUACGACUCCAACGAAAUCGCCAUUUCCAAGACCUGCCCUCGAAACCCGGCUUCUACACAAGACGUGGUCCUUUGUCCGCUGGAGCCGGCCCCCCGAAGACAGUCGCCCAACGAUGGGCUGGUGGCCUUCAUCUUCCCCAAACUCGCCGCUAUGAUGGCAAUCAACCAAUCUGCCUCCCUCGCUCGCGAACAUAACCUAGCCCCUACAGAUCGUGACGACAUCGAAGCCCAAGCUGUCCGCCGUGCCGCGAAGCAGGAGGCCUGUCGUCUGUACUUCAACGUUCAGGAGGGAUUCUACGAGCUAGAGCACCCUGCGAUUGGCCGUGACGCUAUGGGAGGAGAUUUUGCCAUCAAAUCCCCUGUCUCGCCUCCUCCAACCACCGUCCGCUCUCGGAUGGGGCAACCUGUACUACAUAUCACCAUUUCCACAGACAGCCCGCUCCCAACCAUCCAGCUCAUUGACCCGAAUGUCGCUCAUCGAUCGAAGGCAACGACACCGAUGACCUCUGCGGGUACUGGUCUUCGCCAUCUCUCCACCAUUCCCCAGCCUGAGACAACGUCACCUUCGCAACACCCACCCCUGGCAACGCUUGAUCUGACCUCACAACUUUUGCACGUUGAUGCCAAUGCCAUUCUGGAACUCAUGCCCUCACUCUUCAGCAUCGACUGCAUUGUCUCGGCGAUCAUGGCUGUCGCUAUCAGCGAUGCCACGACCAAUCCCGCAAUGGGUUCAAUGGAGAUUUGGAAACCGCGGCCGGUACCGGCAUCACGUCUGGGGGUAGGUGGCAGGGGUUUGCGCGACGGCAUACGCGCGGGCAGCAUCAAGAGUUACGCAGGUAGUGUUUUCUAUGCGACGAUUGCGGAGAGGGAGGAAGCAGAGGAGGAGGCGAAGCUUAUGCGAGAGGCGCACGACAGAGACAUCCGGGGGUCUUCAUCGAAAGGAAAAGGCUCGCGGACGUGGUUUGGCUUCCGGAAACAAGGCGCGAGCGAGUCGGACGAGAGCAAGAAAAGGUCCAAGACGAAGAAGAUAGUCGUGUCCGAAUUUGACCUCGAGAAACUGGGUCACUAUCAGUCUGGCGAUCGCGAGGGCGACGAACUACCUGCUGUCACCCGCUCCGCCCUGAGCAUGCUCGUCGUGGGUCUCAAGUUGCUGGUAUGGGUCUUGACCAUGAUCGCCCAGGUUCUUGCCUGGGUGCUGGUCAAUGUGUCGCGGGUUGUUACUAGCGACAAAUUCUAG